UGUUAAGGUCUUGGAUCCAGAACAAAAUCACAGUUUCACCGAUCACUACUUAAAUGUAGCCUUUGAUCUGUCCCAAGUCCUUUUUAUAGCUACAGCCAACACUACAGCCACGAUCCCACCUGCUCUGCUGGACAGAAUGGAGAUUAUUCAAGUCCCAGGGUACACACAAGAAGAAAAAAUUGAAAUUGCACAUAGACACUUGAUUCCUAAACAGCUUGAGCAACAUGGCUUGACUCCACAGCAAAUACAGAUUCCACAAGUAACCACUUUGGACAUAAUUACCCGGUACACUAGAGAGGCAGGAGUCCGCUCUCUGGAUCGGAAGCUAGGGGCUAUUUGCAGAGCAGUGGCAGUGAAAGUGGCCGAAGGACAGCACAAAGAAACAAAGCCAGAUCGCCCCGAAGUGGGUGAAGGAGAAGAUUGCAGAGAGCAUGUCACAGAAGACGCAAAACCAGAAUCCAUCAGUGACACGGCUGACCUGGCUCUGCCACCUGAAAUGCCGAUUUUAAUUGAUUUCCAUGCUUUAAAAGAUAUCCUGGGGCCACCCAUGUAUGAAAUGGAGGUGUCUGAACGCUUAAGUCAGCCGGGAGUAGCCAUAGGCUUGGCCUGGACCCCCUUAGGCGGCGAGAUCAUGUUUGUGGAAGCGAGUCGCAUGGACGGAGAGGGCCAGCUGACGUUGACCGGCCAGCUCGGAGACGUCAUGAAGGAGUCGGCGCAUCUUGCCAUUAGCUGGUUGCGCAGCAACGCGAAGAGAUACCAGCUCACCAACGCUUCUGGAAGUUUUGAUCUCCUUGACAACACUGACAUCCAUCUGCACUUCCCAGCUGGAGCUGUCACAAAAGAUGGACCAUCUGCUGGUGUUACCAUAGUAACCUGUCUUGCCUCACUCUUCAGCGGGCGGCUGGUGUGUUCGGAUGUCGCCAUGACAGGAGAAAUCACGCUCCGAGGCCUUGUUCUCCCAGUUGGGGGGAUUAAAGACAAAGUCCUGGCAGCACACCGAGCUGGGCUGAAGAGAGUGAUCAUCCCUCAACGAAACGAAAAGGACCUGGAAGAAAUUGCGGCGCACGUGCGGCAGGAUCUGACCUUCGUUCGGGCGAGCUGUCUCGAUGAAGUUCUCAACGCGGCUUUUGACGGAGGGUUUGCAGCUAAGCCCAGAGUCGAGCGCUUGAACAGCAAACUUUAGGCAGACGAGCUGAGGUUGCUGCUCUGUCACCUCUCAGAUCAGUGACGACCAGCUCGGUACGUAUCAUGGGUGAGCAAGUUGAUUGUUUAAAUGGGGGUGUAAAUGCAAUCAAAAUAAAAAUAUUACUGCAGCAGCCAACAACCCGAACCACGUUUUUAUGGGCGUUUGCUGCUCUUUACCAUCAGCAGCAAAGGAUCUUGAAA